AUGCAUCUAUUGGCAAACUCACAGCAGCAGAGAAUAAUAUACUUGCGAAGUAUUUUCCAAACCACUGGUGAAAAUACGUGGAAGCCAUCUCUUGUUGCCUUUCCUUACUUCCAGACAUAUCCUUCUAGAACACAUAAAGUGAAUCAUUCCUGUAGAGCAAUAAUGCUCAUUGAUUUGAUGCAACGUCUGCAAGGACAAACGUCAUUCUUAGGAAACAGUAAAACUUCCAUCCCUCAGGAUGGCCCGUGUAUAGAAGCUAGCAAUGCAUCCGACCUAAACAAGAUUCGCGAAGUUAGAUCAGACAACAAAUCACACUCUAGGCAUACCGUUGGAAGCAAUGCAGUCUCUGUAAGUUGCCUGAAGCUGGAUCCCUCUCGUUUAGGGAUUCAGACUGAAGACUUUGUUGAUCUAACUGCACCAGAUAAUAUUGUGGGAGAACAGAGAUCGCCUAAUACAAGUUGCAUAAAGAAGGAUGAUCUACCGUCAUCUACUUUUAUUGACUUAGAUGAAAAUAAAGAGAAAACAUGUGAGUUUGAAGAGACAGUUCCUGACACUCCAAUUGCUAACACAGUUAUGUCAGAUGAAGGGCAUAGCAAUAGUGGAACGCCUGAUCAUUCUCAGUUCAAGACAUCUUUGUUGCUAGACGACGUAUUCAAUAAUGACAUCAAUGAGUCCCAGUGUAGUCCCCGUUUGACCAGUUUAAUUAAAAGUGGUGUUGUUCCAGAGUCUCCCAUUGAUGAGAGGACUGAUUUUCUUCCAGGUCAUGAUGGUUUUUUCAAUAAUGUUGCUAAAUAA